AUGCCUACGACCCGCGAAGAUUUGGAAAAAGCCAUCCAUGAUUCGUUCCGAGUGUCGCAUCUAGAAAUCGAAGACCAGUCGAGUGGCUGCGGUGCAAAUUAUGCCAUCGUGCUCGUGAGCGAAGAUUUUGAAGGCAAGCUUAGCCUCGCGAAACAUAGAAUGGUGAACGAGGCUUUGAAAGAACAAAUAUCCCAGAUGCACGCAUUUUCCCAGAAAACCUUCACCCCGAAACAGUACGAAGCAUACUUGGCAAAGGGUAAUUAA